GCUGGUGGCGCUGAGCCCCCUGCGCGUGGCACAUGGGGCGCCUGACGGAGGCAGCGGCGGCGGGUGGCGGCGCUGGGGCUGCGCGCUCGGCCGGGUCCCCUCCCGAUCUCCUGCCCCUGUCGUCCACGUCCCCUGGCUGCGCGGCCACCAUGGCGUCCAGCGAGGAGGACGGUGCCAACGGCGGCGCCUCGGAGGCCAGCGACGAGAGGGAGGCCCCCCGCAAGAGGAGGCGCCUCGGCUUCUUGGCCACCGCCUGGCUCACCUUCUACAACAUCGCCAUGACCGCGGGGUGGUUGGUACUAGCUAUUGCCAUGGUACGUUUUUAUAUGGAGAAAGGAACACACAGAGGUUUAUAUAAAAGUAUUCAGAAGACACUGAAAUUUUUCCAGACAUUUGCCUUGCUUGAGAUAGUCCACUGUUUAAUUGGAAUUGUACCAACUUCUGUGCUUGUGACCGGGGUCCAAGUGAGUUCAAGAAUCUUCAUGGUGUGGCUCAUUACUCACAGUAUAAAACCAAUCCAGAAUGAGGAGAGUGUGGUGCUUUUUCUGGUGGCGUGGACUGUGACAGAGAUCACUCGCUAUUCCUUCUACACAUUCAGUCUCCUUGACCACUUGCCGUACUUCAUUAAAUGGGCCAGAUACAAUUUUUUUAUCCUCUUAUAUCCUGUCGGAGUUGCUGGUGAACUUCUUACAAUAUAUGCUGCCUUGCCGUAUGUGAAGAAAACGGGAAUGUUUUCAAUAAGACUUCCUAACAAAUACAACGUCUCUUUUGACUACUAUUAUUUUCUUCUUAUAACCAUGGCCUCAUAUAUACCGUUGUUUCCGCAACUCUAUUUUCAUAUGUUACGUCAAAGAAGAAAGGUGCUUCAUGGCGAGGUGAUUGUAGAAAAGGAUGAUUAAAUAUGUCUGCAAACAAGGUGCUUUUUCCAGAAUUACCAGGAUUACUUGAGUCCAAGUUUGAAUGACAAGAAUAAACAACUUCAUGAAAUGUAUCAUGGAUUUUAUGGUUUCUUAAAAUAUAACUGAGACAUGUGGUACUUGGGACUGUUUGUCUUCAUAUUAUGUCAGAUCUGUUUUUUUACGAGAACUAUGCAAAUAUUAUCAACUCCUGGGUAGGUGUUGAUCAUUAAGGAAAUAAUUGGGUGUAUUACCUGAGGGAAAAAAGACUUUUUGUUGCUUUUAUUAAAUACAUAGCUUUCUAAAUCAAUGUUUAGGAAUUAGUUUAAUGAUUUAACAUUAUCAUACCUGCCAGUGAUAUUUAUGUGAUAUUUAUAAAUGAAACUAAAUGCAAAAUU